AUGGUUAGCCUCUCCGAAUCACAGAAUCUGGCCUCAGUUUUUAACCAUUUUCAAACUUGUCUUGAUCGAUCUACCCACAGCCGCAUUUCUUCACAUUUAAGAACCUCCAACAUGACCGGGCCAACUACCAAACAAGCCUUUCAGAGCCAAUCCAUCGGCCACUGGCUCCCCAAAGACCGCAAAAUGAUCUCUCAAUGGGUCUCUCAGAAAGCCAGACAAGCCCUCCAGUCCCCGGGCAAGGGUCUAGGGAAGCUCCCUUCGCUUGGCCCAGGCCUUCCAUCCGCCGGUUCGGGCAUCCCAUACCUUGACUCAAGCCUCACAGAAUUCGCAGAGCUCGUCAUCAACAGCCCACACCUCUUCAUGCUGGGGAACAACAUGUUCACCGAGGCCUCCAACCACUACCCCAAGGACCCAGCGGGAAACUGCGCCAUAAAGUCUUUCAACGAAUUCAUCUCCGUCUUGAGCUUAGUGGUGCAGUCGGGCCCGGAGUUCGUUGACAAGACGGACCCGCCCACAGCCAUGGGUCUCAUCGGGUUUCCCAUCAACGCGAUCCUCGAUUGGCCCAUGGGCACCGAAUCAGGAUACCAAUUCUUCCGAAACCCCGAGGUCAAUCUCGCCUUGGGCAAAGUACUCAGCACCUGGGGCGAGUUCCUGGGCUCCCUAGCCUCGCAGGCGUGUCUUGAUGGUUGGCUAUCCAGCGACGCCUUGGAGAUGAUCGCAGCCAAGGGGAACAACGGCAAGACAGACUACACUUUCCAGGAGCUGUUUAAGUGCAGCCCCUCGGAAAAGCACUUCGGCUUCAAAUCAUGGGAUGAGUUUUUCGUCAGGCAGUUCCGCGACGGCGUCCGUCCCGUCGAGGCCCCGGACAACGGCGUCCCAGACCUGAAGUUCCCCGACCCGACCCUCGUCAUCACGAACGCGUGUGAGUCGGCGCCGCUCAAGAUUCAGACCGACGUGAAGGAAUCAGAUAAGUUCUGGCUCAAGGAGCAACCGUACUCCCUCGAAAACAUGCUCAACUACGACCCGCUGGUGCCGCAGUUCGCCGGCGGGACCGUCUACCAAGCUUUCCUGAGCGCGCUGAGCUACCACCGCUGGCACUCCCCCGUCAGCGGCAAGAUUGAAAGGAUCGAGCAUGUGCCCGGGACGUACUACAGCGAGAACUGGUACGAGGGCGUCGCCGGCGCGGAGAACCCGGACCAGGCGGAUCCCGCGGCGCCCAACUACUCGCAGCCGUACAUCAGCUCCGUGGCCACGCGCAUGAUCAUGUUCAUCCAGGCCGAUAACCCCAAGAUCGGGCUGAUGUCGAUCGUCUUCAUUGGUAUGGCGGAGGUGUCGAGCUGCGAGGCCGUGGUCAAGCCGGGCGACAAGGUUGAAAAGGGGCAGGAGCUGGGUAUGUUCCAUUUCGGCGGGAGUUCGCAUUGUUUGGUGUUCCGUCCAGAGGUCAAUAUCAAGAUGGUGAACCCGGGGCCGUGGGAUAUGGACCAUGAGACGAACUUUCCGGUGAACAGCGCGCUGGCUGUAGUUGUUUGA